UCUUCUAGCCUCCAGGAUGCGCCUAGUCUGAGAUCGGAGGGGGGAGGAAUCCACAAGUCGUGCAGCUCGUCGUCUUGAAGCCCAGCGCCCGGAACGCUCCGAACAGUUCUACGCUGUAGAUCACCUGGCUUUCACUUCAAAGAGCUCGAAUUCUUCAACCACUUUUUGUGUUGUAAGUUUCCAAAGUUUAGGAAGUAGUUGGUCGGAGCUGAGUUGACUCCCCCACCGGGAGCGAAAGGAUUUGGGAUCGAGUCCUACAGCAUAGCGAGGCUACACCGCGUCUCCUCCACCAAACGAAUCUCUGCCGCCGGUUAUUCUGAUCCAGAGGAGCUCUGAACCGGAGAAGAUCGCUCGGUAAAGCUUAUUUUUUCCCGGUCCGCGGGGUCCACAGGUCCACGCUUGGCUGAGUACCGGGGCUUUGAUGCUCGGUCGGUGAAACACGCUCCAGUCCGCCGGAGGGUUUUUGUUCGCUGGUUUUUGUUCGUAACUUGUCGCGGACCUCAGAACUGAGCUGGAUUUUUAUUCGUGUUUUUGAAAGUUUUCACCAUCCCGAGCCGUGGAGUUUCUCCAUCAAACUAGCCCGGGUUCACCCUGCAGAGCUUCGUUUAAAGAUUAGCACUGCCUGAAUGGAGUGCCUUUUACAGAGGUGCCAGCAGAUUUAGGUCCUGCUACAUGAUGGGGCCCAGCAUGCUACUGGUCUUGGCUCUCUGUGCCCAUGUGUUGCCAGCUCAGUCGCGGCCUGCUAGCGCUACGGCAGAUGAAGGCCCCGCCCCGGAGCUCCCGGCCGAGCUCUUCACCCUGUACCCCGGGGACCGCCUGGACCUGGACUGCCCCUCCAAGGACUCCCUCCAGGCCGCCGUCAACUGGACCAAGGACCAGGCGGCGCUCACCGACGACGAGCACACGCGGCUCCACGGCGCGCAGCUGGAGAUCGAGACGGUGGAGCCGUCCGACUCGGGCCUCUACGCCUGCACCUCCUUCGGCAACUACAGCGUGUUCUUCAACGUGUCUGUGGAUACGCUGGCGUCCUCUGAGGAUGACGACGAAGAGGAAGAGUCCUCCUCCGAGGAGGCUAAACUCCUGGGCAGUGGGAAACUGCUACGUAAGUGUUUGCUGACAUCGCCCUCCGAAUUGUGUGUGGUUCACUUAGCGCGUGUUCUCGUGUGUGUGGUUUUAUUGCGAAGGCAUUUCAUAGCUGUCUGCAAUGUUGACCCCUUGUCCCCCACUGACCCCUGCCUCUUCCCCUCCCCCCCCCGCCUGGCCCCCCCCACAGCGGUCCCCCACUACCCCCCCGCCAGCCACACCUACCUGGAGGUGGUGAUCUACUGCGUGGGCUUCUUCAUCAUCGCCGUGAUGGUGGCCACGGUGGUGCUCUUCAAGAUGCGCACCACCUCCAAGAAGAGCGACUUCAGCGGGCAGCUGGCCGUCCACAAGCUGGCUAAGAGCAUCCCGCUGCGCAGACAGGUGUCUGUGGACUCCAGCUCCUCCAUCCACUCUGGGGUCAUGCUGGUGCGGCCCUCCCGCCUCUCCUCCAGCGGCUCCCCCAUGCUGUCGGGGGUCUCGGAGUACGAGCUGCCCCAGGACCCCCGCUGGGAACUGUCCCGCGAAAGGCUGGUGAUGGGCAAGCGUCUGGGGGAGGGCUGCUUCGGCCAGGUGGUGAUGGGAGAGGCCCUGGGCCUGGACAAGGAGAAGCCCAACCGCGUCACCAAGGUGGCCGUCAAGAUGCUGAAGUCGGACGCCACCGAGAAGGACCUGUCGGACCUCAUCUCGGAGAUGGAGAUGAUGAAGAUCAUCGGCAAGCACAAGAACAUCAUCAACCUGCUGGGAGCCUGCACUCAGGACGGCCCGCUCUACGUGAUCGUUGAGUUUGCGUCGAAGGGGAACCUCAGGGAGUACCUGAGGGCCCGGCGGCCCCCCGGCAUGGAGUACUGCUACAACCCGGACCAGGUGCCCGUGGAGAACAUGUCCAUCAAGGACCUGGUCUCCUGCGCCUACCAGGUGGCCCGCGGCAUGGAGUACCUGUCCUCCAAGAAGUGUAUCCACAGGGAUCUGGCUGCUCGUAACGUCUUGGUAACCGACGACAACGUGAUGAAGAUCGCAGACUUUGGCCUGGCCCGCGACAUCCACCACAUCGACUACUACAAGAAGACCACCAACGGCCGCCUGCCAGUCAAGUGGAUGGCACCUGAAGCCCUGUUCGACCGCAUCUACACCCACCAGAGUGAUGUCUGGUCGUUUGGCGUGCUGCUGUGGGAGAUCUUCACCCUGGGGGGCUCCCCCUACCCUGGGGUACCCGUGGAGGAGCUCUUCAAGCUGCUGAAGGAUGGGCACCGCAUGGACAAGCCCUCCACCUGCACGCACCAACUGGACAUGAUGAUGAGGGACUGCUGGAACGCCGUACCCUCUCACAGACCCACCUUCAAGCAGCUGGUGGAGGACCUGGACCGCUGCCUGGCCAUGACCUCCAACCAGGAGUACCUGGAGCUGUCGGUGGGCGUGGACCAGUACUCCCCCAACUACCCGGACACGCGGAGCUCCACCUGCUACCCGGACACGCGCAGCUCCACCUGCUCCUCUGGCGAGGACUCUGUCUUCUCCCACGACGCAGGCGUCGAGGAGCCCUGCCUGCCCAAGUUCCCGCCACACCCCAACGGCGCCGCCGUCAAGAAGCGCUAAUGCUAACACUAGCAUUAGCAC